AUGUCUGCGCCUGGCCCCUCGGAGCAGCCGGUUUUGUCCCUGCGCGACCGUAUCCAGCAGCUAGCCAAGGCAAGCAAUUCCACGGAGCUGGCUUACAAUGCCCGGACGGGAUCUUCGCCGGGAGGGUCGCCAAAGAGCUCGGUCCACACAUCCUUCAGCGGCACCGGCACUGGCCGUUCCUCCCUGCCGGAGAAAUCGGCCUCUGGAUCACCGGCCCCAGGCACACCGUCAGCCAAGUCGCAGCCUGUCUCCAAGCCUCCGGCAACGACCGGCGCCGUCCCCCCAUCGGCGCCCGCGCCAGAGCUGGCGUCUGAGCACACAUCACCCGCCCGCCGUGGGACUUGCUCUCAGCCCUCAGGUGGGUCUGCUGCCGUGUCUGUGACAAAUCUCGCCGUCGCUCAGUCUGCCGGCCCUGCGCCAAAGCCUGCUGCCGAGACGGAUGUCCAGUCCAUUUCCAGGGCCCCUGCCGAGCCCAUCGCCGAGCCCUCCCCGGCGUCCGGCUUGGAGCUCGCCCCCACGCCUGCUCCCGCGCUCGAGCCAUCCACCGAGCGCGGCCUGGCCGCACCGCCCAAGACCACUUCCGACCCUUCUCUGGUCGAGACUUCCACGGAUUCUCUGGGCAAAUCGCAGCCCGAGCCCACCACUGGACCUAGCGCCAAGUCUACCACUGAGCUUGCUACUGCUCCCGAGCCUGUUCCCGAGCCCGCUCCCGAGCCCGCUCCCGAGCCCGCUCCCGAGCCCGCUCCCGAGCCCGCUACUGAGUCCACUCCCAAGUGUGCCACUGGUCCCUUGUCCGAAGCCGCCUCAGGUCCUGCAAUCAAGCUCGGUGCUGAGCCCACCGCCGAGGCUUCUGGGCCCACAGCCAGGCUUGGUCCUACCUCGGCAUCUUCCAAACUCACCAUCACACCAGCCACGGGGCCGCGGUCGAUGCCCGCCCCGGAGCCCCUGCUUGUGCCAACUUCACCCUCGGCCAUUACCCCGGCUUCCACUCCGACCCCUGAUUCGGCCCCGGCUACGCCUCUUGCCGGGGUCAGCCGCUUCCCAUCCAUCGACUUUGGCAUGGACAUGUUCAUGGAGUCGGUGACGGCCGCGGCUGCCGCCGACAGCGCCCUUCAGCAUGCCGGCCAGUCCGUUGCUCGGGCCACGGUCAGCAUGCUUGCCUCGACCAAGCCCCUCCUGCCUCCCGGGGGCGAUCCUCGGGAUCGGCCCGCUCCGCCUCCCCGGCACAUGAAGCCCACGACACGGGCGGCGGCCGCGGCCGCGGCCGCGGCCGCCGCCAACACCGGACCCCUGUGUCCGCCCUGCCCGUGCCCGGUGACCACCGGGCGUUUCCUGCGCCGCGGGCUCAUCCCCGCCGCGCCGGACGACAUCCCCGACCGGCUGAUGACCGCGGUCCUGGCCCAGCUUGGGGUUCUCCCGCCCCCCGGGUCCCGGUCGCCCACCGCGCCGACUCUCAUGGCCGGCAUCGCCACAAGCCCCGGGUUUCCGUCCCUGUUUGCCAUCCCCCUGGCCGGCGUGGCUGGGUCUCUCCGAGCAACGCGUCCAUCCAGUUCGCCCCUUCUCCGGCCGGCGCACUUCCUGCUCAUGGACCCCUUCCGGCUGGAUGAGAUUGACGACCUCCCCGGCCCCGGGGGUGCGGUCGGGUCCAUCGCCUGCGACGUGUGCGAGGGGUCCAUCCUUCGGGAGCCCUGCACUCCGAGCGUCAGAGCCGCGGCCGUUGCCGCCGCGGCGGCCACCCACCCGCGCACGGUCGCCGCUCGCGAGCAAGACAUUCGCCUGCGCGCGAAUUCGGCCGGCCCGGUCGGGCGCCUGUCGCCUGCCGGGCCGCAAACCGGCCGGUCGUUGUCCUUCUCGCAUGCCUCCCCGGGGGAUAGCGGCCCUGGGCAGGGGCCCGCCAGCGGCGGCGCGCCGCCGCUGGAUACGCCGCUCCUUUCCGGGCCCUCCUUUGUCAUCUGCCAGUGCUGCUGCAGCAUUCGACAUGUGUCCUGCGCGCGGGCGGUCAUCGCCGUUGCCUCGGACUUGGUGGAGCCGUCCUUCGGCACCGGGGCCAUCCCCAUGGAAUCCGGCUCCAGCCAUGGCCGGCCGAUCAGCGUGGCUCCCGUGUCACUGGCCGCCGGGCAUGAUGGCUCGGUGGCCCUGGCGGUGGCUACGCCGCUGAUGUCGGCCGGCCGGUCGCUGGUGUCAGCUGCCUCGCUGUCCGCCUCGCCAUCCCCCUCCGGUGGCAGUCCGGUGGCCGGGGGGGCCCGGGUCAGCCCGCAGGGGAUGGUCCUGCCACCGCGGCUGGCCCCCUCCACCGGGUGCCGGUGUAACUCCCUCCCAUUGGACGGCGGUCCGGCGGGUGGGUCGGCCUCACGUUCGCCCUCCCCGGCCAUCGGCACGCACACCGUCCCCGGAUCCGGGCCAAAUGCCGCCACCUCGUCGGCCGGAUUGGCUUCCAACAUGGCCGGUGCCGGCGGCCGUGGGCGCUUCAAUGUCUACUCCCCGGAGGAGCACCGCCAUGACCUGUUCCACGCGGAGCAGAUCGGCUUGACGCCGGCCCGAGCUCGGGCCCUGAUGACAUGCAUGCCGGUUAUCGAUGCUCUGCCCGGGUCGAUGGCCGGGCUGCUGGAGCUCAAACACGGCGCCGGCGCUGGCGCCGGUGCUGCCACUGGCCAUCCGAUGCCCGCGGGUGCUCCAUGUCGCGUGUGUGCCACCCCCCUGCCGAGCGACUUGUCCACGCGGCUGCUCCUGGCUCUGGGUCUGCGGCCGGGUCCCACGCCGGCUGGCGCGCGCGAAAUCCGCGAGCUGGUCUCUCUCCCGACGCCCGGGGCCGGGGGGCCCGGUGGCGAGCCACUGGUCCCGGUGGAUCCCCCGUCCUCGUCUGUCGGGGGUUCCCUCCUGCGGCGCAACAACUCCCUCAGUCGGAGCUCGGCCUCGGUGUCGUCCUUCUUCUCGGAUGCACAUCAUUCCACCGGGGCGCCCGGUGGCGGGGGCUUAGCCGCCGGGCCCGGGGCCGCCGGGGUGACGGGCCCCGGCUCCACGACCUCCGAACUGGACCUGGCCCUGGCACAUUACCAUGAGGCGGUCCGGUCCAAGGUCCGGGACAAAUUCCGCGUCCUGCGUGUGAUUGAGUGGAAUUUGGUGGCCCUGUCGACCCGGUACCAGGCCAUCGUCGGGCUUCCUUGCCCGGCGGCCGGGGCCUGUGUCGCGGCUGCUCUUCUGGAGGCCACGCCUGCCGGCGCCGAGGCGCCACUUCCCCCAUCCUCGGCCGAAGCCACAUGCCUUUGUGAGUGUGGCCAACAUGGACGCUGCGCGGAUUGGGCCCGCGGGCUCCUGGCGGCCGGUGGCGGCUCUUCCGCUCCGCUGGGUGUGCUCGCUGCUCCCGAGGAGGAGGAGGAUGAGGAGGAGGAGGGGGCGGGCCAUCGGCAGCGGUCCGCCGCUGCGGCCCCGGAUGCCAGCGACGAGCUGGCCGGCGCCGAGACGCCCUACUCCUCUCGAGCCGACGAGCUCCUGCAGCAGAUUUUCUCCGAGGCAUCGGUGCUCCUGAGCGAGCGCUGCGCCCUCCUCCGGACGACUUAUGCCCUUGCCUCGCCGGCGUCGCAUGCCCACUAG